CAUUGGUGCGGAAUACUCAACCAUACUCCAUAUAAAAAUUAUUUUUCAAGUGUUCUCUGUGAAAAACCUCUUUGAUUUUCUUUAAUGAAAAAUUGAUUUAUUUUAGUAAAUUAAUUUUUGAUGUAUUAUAUGUAUCAAGCACCAUGAAGACUAUCUGAAUAAACUCUGGAAAUCAGUAUUUGCCGUGGGACUGCAUUUCAAUAUUGACGAGUACCUUAUUUUCGCAAAGAGGAUAUUCACUCACUUAACGACUUAAACUUAGUAUAAUUUGAGGAGAUAACUGAAAAACUUUUAAGAUUUACGUUAACUUUAAUUUUGAGUGUCUCUUUCUUCAAAUUCGGAGAAUCUUACAAGUGCUUUACCCUACAAAGCUUAUAAUUGGUAAAGCCUGAAAGACCAUAUACAUAUAUAUCAAGAAUGGAAGAUGACGCCUUUGAGGUGCCGGCUUCUGCUUUGGAAGCUCCUUCAUCAGAACUUUGUGUGGCAGCAAAAACAAGUGUUCGAUUACCCGUGGAAAUGAUGGAAAAUCAUGAUAUAUUUUCGCAAGUUAUUAAUUUAAAAACAUGGAAUCAUUUAUCAGAUGAUAAUAAAUUACAUUUAAUGAAAUUUCUCCCAAAAUUUCCCAAGGAUAAUGUCGCAGAACUGCAGAAUACGUUAAGAAUGCUAUUUCAGAGAUCAAAUUUUAAGUUUAGUAACCCACUAGAGGACUUCUAUCAAAAGUUACACAAUGGUCACUAUCAUCCUGAGGUUCAAAAAUAUUUGAAACUGGCAAAAUUAGGACAAGAAAGGGAAACUAAACUAUGGAAAAGGAAAUAUUAUACCGAUUUAUUUCAGGAUAUUCUAUUAAAUCGUCGGUUAUUGUUAGAAUACGCUUAUAACCAUCCUUCUGGUGAACCUAUUGAUAGAGAAGAACUUUUUUCUAUACCCAAAUUUACUUAUUCUCAAAAAUUAUACGCAUUAAAAUGCAAGACUAAAUAUCAAAAAAUACUAAAAGAAGUUCGAGAGGAAUGCAAUGCCUCAGAUACAUCUGAAAGUGAAGGUGAUGAAGGUGAAGAGGAAAUGACGUUUUAUGGAAUUCCCUCUAAACUUUUGGCUAACAACAAAGAUCCUGAUUUUCCGAAUGAGCAAGUAGAAUCUAGUGUUAUCUCAACGUUGGAUCCUGCAAGAAGCAAUCAAAUGCCAGAAGAGAAGAUACUACGACCAGAAUUUAGUUUGUCAAUAUCCGAGGAUGAUAUUAUGUCAAUGCUUAAACGUCAUCGUAAACGAAAAGCCGUUACGGAAAAUUCUCCUGAAUUUACAACAAGCGGAAGAACAUUAGAAGGCAUAAUUGAAAGAACUCAAACAUCUAUUCAAAAUUUCAUACAAGAAAACUCUGUUCAACGACCUAAAAGAAGAAGAAGUACCAAUCUAAAAAAGAGAUAUAUUAAAGAGGAUGCUCAAAAUUAUAAAAAUAGAAGCUCAGUUGAUUCACCAUUUAACUUUUUGUGCCUUAUUCGAGACAUAGUUAAAUCAGAACCAGAUAAAAGAAUAACAGUCGCUUCUUUAGAGCAAAAGUUAAAUGAUUACGACUGCCAUAAGUCACUACCGGGAGAAGAAGCAGAUGACAUUGAUUUAAAUGAUAAAAUAAAUAAAGCAUUAAGAUUCCUUGCUGGUGAUACACUGAAUAUCGUCGAACAAUUUGUACCAUACGUUGACUUUAAGGAAAGAGCUGGGCUAUACGUUUGGAUAGGCGACGGAAGAGACUCUGAUGAGGAAUUGGAAAGUUUAUGCAGAGCUUGGAUAGAGAAUUAUGAAGAGUGGAAUAUGGAGGAGAGCACUAAAUUAGAGAAAACAUCAUUCAAAGUUCGGCCGUCUAACGAAGAAGAAAAAUUAGAAUUCAGGCGACAGGAAUCCGAAAGAUUUAACAAUGCUCAUCAGCCGUAUACUUAUAAAAUGCACGGAUAUAAUUCUGUUGUCGGACCUGUUAAAAGAGUAUUUAAAAAAGAAGAAUCUGGCAGUAAGGAAGCUAGGGACCAUUCUAUUUUAACAAAAGACAGACCUCACUAUGUUACUAUUUUAACUUUAGUACGAGAUGCUGUUGCGAGGUUGCCGAAUGGGGAAGGAACUCGAGCUGAUAUUUGUGAACUUUUAAAGGAUUCUCAAUUUUUAUUGCCUAAUGUUUCGGAUAGUCAAUUGAAUACUGUUGUUUCGGGAGCCUUAGAUAGAUUACAUUAUGAGAGAGAUCCUUGUGUCAAAUUUGAGAUGUAUAGAAAAGUUUGGAUCUAUUUACACAGAGGCAGAACCAUGGAACAUUAUGAAAAGCUACAUCGAGCUCAAGAAGCUGCAUUGAAAGCUAGAAAAGCUUUAAUCAAGCCAAAGUCUCAAAGGGCUAAAGAGGCAACUGCUAUUACUCCAGUGGUGAAAGUUGAAAAGAUACGAGAAGAGUUCUCUCCGGUUGAGGCAAAGAAAUCUAUACCCAUAUCCUUGGAGAGUAACAUCGUUAAUGAAUUUGCAAAUGUUACUCCUGUAAAACUAGAAAAGUAUCCCGAACCUGUAACAAAAUCCGAUUCAUCGGCCGUUGAUAAUCUAAAAUUAGGUCUUGGAAUGACAAGUGUCCCUAUAGCCGUUGUAUCUAAUCCUUCCACAUCCUUUCUCAAGCAAGGACAAAUAAAAACCGUCCAAUUAGCACCCGUUGGAGCAUUGAAUUUGAUCAAUCUACAAGGGUCGAAAUUACUGCAAGUCCCGACUACUCAGUCUCAGACUCUAUUCAGUCAAGUAUUAAACAAACAAAGUCCAAAGAAAGAAGGCGGACUGACUUAUGUCCAAAGAAUAUUACCUACUAAUCAAAAUGUAACAGCAGUACCUAUGUCUGCUGCUACGAAUACCAUAGUAACAACUCAAAGUUCUGGUGGAUCGUCAACCUUUCAUCUUACUUUGAAUGCAUCAACGAUACAACCUAAUAGAACCAAACAACUAACCAUACAGCAAUUGACGGAAGCUCAACUUGCUAAAGGGAAGAAGUUUAACUUUCAGAAAAUUCAAGGAUUACAAAACGCUCGUGUUGUUUCCAUGGACGAAGAAAGUAUGAAAAAAGCGGGUAUGACAACUGGUCAACCAAUUAUAAUUGGCGGGAAGACAGUACAACUGGCUAGAAAACCUAUUCAAGUUUCAGUUUCUAAACCUGGUGUUGUUCAGUUGGCGGGUAAAACUGUACAAUUGGCUGGUAAACCAUUAACUACUGUACAGCUGGUUAGUAAACAAACCCGAACCCCAAUUAAUCAAGGAGCAAGAGUUCAAUUACAGACAAUCAAAACUGAAGAAGUAGUGUCAAAUACUUUACAAACUUCCACACCAAAUGUUAUAAUAACUAAGAACACGAACUCUAAUUUCUGUAGUUGA